GUGCACCGCUGCUCCAGGCCGUCCCUGCUGGGCAAUGACGGGCAGCCGGGGCCGGGGACAGCAUAAAGGAGCCGGGAUCUGUAGCACCAGCUCACUCAGUCCCCGCUGCAGGCACCAGGCGGGUUCUCUCCAGGAGAGGAGCAGCAGUGUGUUACUCCCGUGACUCCAGCCUGCAGCCGUACGAUGAGAGCCGCGGGACUUGCCUUGGGCUUUCUCUGUGCUGUGUUCCAUCUCCUCUGGGCUCCUUCCACGGGGCUCAGGACACUGCAACUGGGAAGCUGUGUGGUCACCACAGACCUCCAGGAGAUACAGAGUGUAUUUUCUGAGCUUCGGCACAGCGUGCAGGCCAAAGAUGACAUCACUGACAUCAGAAUCUUAAGGAGGACGGAGUCUUUGCAGGACACAAAGCCCAAGGGCCGAUGCUGUCUCCUCCGCCGUUUGCUGAGACUCUAUAUGGAGAGAGUGUUCAAUAACUACCCGGCCCCUGACCAUCAGACUCUCCGGAAGAUCAGCAGGCUCGCCAACUCCCUUCUCACCAUCAAGAAGGACCUUCGGCUCUGCCAUGCCAACAAAAAAUGCCAUUGUGGGAAGGAAGCAAUGGAGAAAUACAAUCAGAUUCUGCGUCAGUUCGAACAGCUGGAGCCCCAGGCAGCCGUCGUGAAGGCCCUGGGGGAACUGGACAUCCUGCUGCAGUGGAUGGAGGAGACAGUGAUGGACGGAGGAGACAGUGAAGCAGAGAGGCACUGAUGCCUGGCCGAGGGUCCCUGCCCAGGCCCCGCGGAGGCAGAACCGGGCCCGAACCACCCUCUUCCGAUUCACUCAGUGCUGGUCACAAUGUAUCGUAUUUAUUUAUUGUUUGUCUCCUUAUAUGGUUGUCUUUCUGUGCUCCCAGUCUUACUUCGGUUCAUUCUUCAAUAAGAUUUUUCUAAUACCGCUUAUCCUCUUGGAUUAUAUUUAUUAGCUAAUAUAUUUAUUUAUUUUGCUAUCGACCUUAUUUAUUUUUGUACUUUAACAUGAGACCUUUAAACAUUCCCAGAUUAUGUUUAUAACAGACUGGAUGAUGUAUUUGCAUAUAGUAAAAAGAAAAAACCUCUAAAUUAGAAAAGAGUGGCUAGAGGGGUUAGUCAGUCACUUUUGUUAAGGAUGCCUCACUCACCACUACUGCUCUGUGAGCUACUUAAAAUCAAACCAUUGCCUCCUAAGUGUGGGUCACGGAUGAAGAAGUCCAAUGUGGGGUGAGAGACCUGACUUACAGUCUCUGGCCACCCCUGUUCAACUCCCCAGCCCUCUACUGUACACCUCCACCUGCAUGGCCAACACAUCUUUCUACAAAUAAAGUGUGCUUUGCAAAAUGUC